UCGGCUGCUGACCCGUUGGUCAGGGAAUUGCGUCAGAGGUUAAGCCGCAAUGUUAAACCUAACGAGCAAAUAGUGGACACCUGUGCGAUAGACAACUGGGACGUGACACAAGUGCCGGCAUUACCCCCUCCAAGACUACCACCCCCUCCUAUGGUGAAGGGUGUCAUGUUUAAAAGUCACAAACAUAGCAAGGGCGCUAACAAUAAGCAACUGCUCGAACUGUAUGGCUCCAGUGAGUUGGCCACCAAGUUUAUCAAGGUGCUGCAAAACCCGGGUGAAAAAGAGUUCGAACAACUGUGCGAUAAGGCUAAAUACGGGCGCAACCAGGAAAUUAUGCACUUGUAUCGCGAGAUUAACGAGAUGAAUUCGGACAUGAAAGAGUAUCGCGAUGGUUUCACCUCGGCCAUGGCCGACGCAGCUAAGCUUGAUACAAAGUUACGUCACCCUGAUGUGUUAUGCAUUAAGAAAAAUAAGAAUAUGGGUUUUAAAAUACUGAUGGAACUAUACGGAACGAGCCCAUUGGCCGCUCAAUUCCUCAAGUUCAUGAAAUACAGUGACAGCGAAUACGUAACUAUUUGUGACAAAUUGAAAUAUGGUGAAAACGAGGAGUUGAUGGCAGUGUACAGGCAGUUUAAUGAGAAAAACAGCGAGUUCAAACUGCCCCGGGAAAGGUUGACCAACGCGCUGGUCGACGUGGCCAACUCGGAGGGCAAAUAUAAGAUUGGCGAUAUACUAUGUUUUUUGAUCAAAUUUAACAACGAAAUCAAAGUCAUUGUGACGGGAGAUGCGGCGCGUGAGGCAUUAAAAGAGUGGCUAUUCAUAUAUCGCAAGUACAUAGCGCUGAACGGGCACACACCUAGUACAUCGUGCGAUUGGUCACACUUACCUACAGUCGACCCACCUGUCCGUUCGCUGCACCUGCUAUUGUGCAAAGCCCUGAAGAACGUGGACAAACACCGCCCUACCCCGAUCAACACCGAGGGUCGGGACCGGGAAAAUGAGGGCCGGGGAGGGACAGACAUUGUGAGGGAAUUGCCAUUAAAGUCUAUUAGCGCCAGUUUGUGCGAUAUUCAGCGCCGGGUGUCCAGCAGUGCGAUCGACUCCGUGAAUAAAAUUACACGUUUUGAAUAAGUACGCGAAUUGAACGCCGAGAUAACUGGACUCCGGGAGGCGUACGAGGAGGGGGUGCGUCGGGAACUUACUAUUAUUACCGACCGUAUGGACAAUAUUACCUUCAUGUUAGACAAGAUACGUGAUGAUAGCAUAACCGCCCGGCGCCACAGCGAUCAGCGUUACCAACACAUAGCGGCUAUCGUUGACCAACAGUCCCGUGUAUUGGAGGCUAUGUCUGGCCAUUUGUCAGGUCAGGUGAUGGCAACCGCUGGCGAGAAUGAGUUUCUCAACAUGGUCAUUGUCGAUAUGGCUGACAGGUUGGAUAGAGAUGUUUACGGGCCUCACCUGGCUGAUGAUAUUGGUUAG